AUGUCCAGACCUAUAGCUCCCGUCACCUCCAAGCCAAAGUUCGCGCCCUAUAUAUACAUCUCGGAUCACCUGGACUUCAAACUCGUUGAAUAUCACCAAAAGCACGGAAUCAACGCCUUUUCGUUAGCCUUCGCACUGGGAGGGGCCGAGGGCUGUAUACCUCAAUGGGGUGAUGGCCUACCCAUCGAUGAUCCCAAAGUGAUCAAAGAAAUUCAGGCGUUCAGAGCACUGGGAGGUCAGGUGAUUGUGUCGACCGGUGGCCAGAAUUCGGCCCAAUGUCUGGAACUGAUGUGUCGUUCGGCCCCCGAACUGACCGCCGCUUAUAAGAGGGUACUGGAGGUGACGGGAGCUAUAGGUCUGGACAUUGACGUCGAGGUGUCGAUACCGUUGGAUACCGUGAACCCGGCCUUAGCUGCCGUUCAAAAGGCCAACCCUAAUGUCACCGUUAGCUUNCUGACCGCCGCUUAUAAGAGGGUACUGGAGGUGACGGGAGCUAUAGGUCUGGACAUUGACGUCGAGGUGUCGAUACCGUUGGAUACCGUGAACCCGGCCUUAGCUGCCGUUCAAAAGGCCAACCCUAAUGUCACCGUUAGCUUCACUGUUAUGACCCAGGGCGACGACUACGGUAUGAACGACCCGUUAGGCGUAGAUGUGCUCAAGAGUGCGGCAAAACACGGGGUGAACGUGGAUGUGGUAAACCUAAUGGUCAUGGAUUACCACACGAGUAAAGUGGGCCGACAUUACGGUGAGGCCGCCAUAUAUGUGGCACAGAAUGCCGUCAAACAAAUGGUCAAAAUAUGGCCCCAGAAGUCCGAGCAGGAGUUGUAUGGUAUGGUAGGCCUGACACCUAUGAUAGGACUCAAUGAUAUUAAGGGUCCGAUGGUGUACUUCACGGUGGAUGACGCCAAACAAAUGGUGCAGUGGGCUAAGCAAAAUAAGCUAGGUCAUCUGGGGUUUUGUGUUUUAUUUGACGAGUCCAGUGGUCACGGCUAUAUAGCCGACCCGCCGUCCCGAUCGAGCGCCUGGAGGUUUGGAUUUCCUACUGUUCCCAACUAUGAUGACAAUCAGCUAUUUUGUGGUGGACUUGAUGUU